AUGGACCCAGAAGCUGGCCCAGAGUCGUCUCUCACCGUCAAUGAGCAGGUCAUCGUGAUGUCAGGUCAUGAGACCAUCCGCGUUCUGGAAGUUGGAGUGGACGCCCAGGUCCCUGCGGAGGAGGAGGGCAAAGGCCUGGAGGGUGUGGCCGCCGAGGGCUGCCAGAGUGGAGGUCCUGCUGUAGCCAGUGAACCUGCUGGUGCCGCUGGGCCAGACAACCCAGGCUCUUCUGCCGAGGCAACUGUGACGUCACUCCCGGGGAUCCCCUCGAGUCCGGCGCCGGCUGUCGCCACUUUCAGCCAGCCCCCAAGCCAGCCUCAGGCAUCGCAGACCCUGACGCCGCUGGCUGUGCACGCUGCCCCCCAGGUCUUGACUCAGGAAAACUUAGCCACAGUUCUGACAGGCGUUAUGGUUCCAGCAGGGGCAGUUACUCAACCUCUUCUUAUCCCCAUCAGUAUUGCAGGUCAAGUGGCUGGUCAGCAGGGGCUGGCCGUGUGGACAAUUCCUACAGCAACCGUGGCCACCCUCCCAGGACUGACCGCCGCUUCUCCUACGGGGGGCGUUUUCAAGCCACCUUUAGCCAGUCUCCAAGCAGCGGCCGUGCUGAACACCGCUCUCCCGGCACCCGUGCAAGCCGUCCCACCGGUACAGGCCGCCUCGCCCGUCCAGCCCCGGCCACCAGCACAGUCCCAGCCGCUGUUCCAGACCCCGCCGCCGCCGCCGCCGAGCACGCCCGCCAUUCUACCGCAGCCCGCUGCUGCCACCGCUACCGCCCCCACCCCCAAGCCAGUGGACAGCCCCCCACAGAUCACCCUACAGCCCGCCAGCUUCGCCUUUAGCCCAGGAAUCAUCAGCGCCGCUUCCCUCGGGGGACAGACCCAGAUCCUGGGCUCCCUCACAACAACUCCGGUCAUUGCCAACACCAUUCCCAGCAUGCCGGGGAUCAGCAGCCAGAUCCUCACCAAUGCUCAGGGACAGGUUAUCGGAACACUUCCGUGGGUAGUGAACUCAGCUAGCGUGGCAACGCCAGCACCAGCCCAGAGCCUGCAGGUCCAGGCUGUGACCCCCCAGCUGCUGCUAAACGCCCAGGGCCAGGUGAUUGCAACCCUGGCCAGCAACCCCCUGCCUCCACCUGUGGCUGUCCGGAAGCCCAGCAUGCCUGAGUCCCCUGCCAAGAGUGAGGUGCAGCCCAUCCAGCCGACGCCGGCCGUGCCCCCGCCGACAGUGGUCAUUGCCAGCCCAGCCCCAACGGCCAAACCAUCGGCCUCUGCUCCCAUCCCAAUCACCUGCUCAGAGACGCCCACUGUCAGCCAGCUGGUGUCCAAGCCACAUACCCCGAGUCUGGACGAGGACGGGAUCAACUUAGAAGAGAUCCGGGAGUUUGCCAAGAACUUCAAGAUCCGCCGGCUGUCUCUGGGCCUCACCCAGACGCAGGUGGGCCAGGCUCUGACCGCGACGGAGGGCCCGGCCUACAGCCAGUCCGCCAUCUGCCGGUUCGAGAAGCUGGACAUCACGCCCAAGAGCGCCCAGAAGCUGAAGCCGGUGCUGGAGAAGUGGCUGAAUGAAGCCGAGCUCCGGAACCAGGAGGGCCAGCAGAACCUGAUGGAGUUUGUGGGCGGCGAGCCCUCCAAGAAACGCAAACGCCGCACCUCCUUCACCCCCCAGGCCGUCGUGGCUCUCAACGCCUACUUCGAGAAGAACCCGCUGCCCACCGGCCAGGAGAUCACCGAGAUCGCGAAGGAGCUCAACUACGACCGGGAGGUCGUGCGGGUCUGGUUCUGCAAUCGGCGCCAGACGCUCAAGAACACCAGCAAGCUGAACGUCUUUCAGAUCCCGUAG